GUGGCCCUGUGAGUUCACAACCACAACUCUGAAGUCUGACCAGCAAAAGAGGAAAAGCCACUGAGCCUGAGCCACAGAAAACCAAGCUGCACCAUCCUACACAUCACAGAAUGUCUGCACCCUCACACCCAGCAGCACUCUCCAUCCCACCUCACACUCUGACCCAACUGGCUCGAGAGUGGCUGGCAGAGGACACACCAAACUUUGACCCGGCUGGAGUAUGUGUGGGGUCCCAGGAAGUGGAGGCCAGGUUGCUGUGUAAAACUCCACACAGUGUCUUGGCAGGACGCCCCUUCUUCACAGCAGUGUUCUCUGAGGUCGGCUGCACAGUGGACUGGAUUCACCAGGAGGGAACCGAGAUUGGCCCAGAUGCAAUCACAUUAACUGCUGUAGUGAGGGGCCCAGCAAGGUGCCUCCUCCUUGGGGAAAGGCCGGCCCUUAACUGCCUUGCCCGAGCGUCUGGCAUCGCCACUCGCUGCUGCCAGCUACAAGCGAUGGCAAGAGAGCGAGACUGGCAUGGAGAAGUGGCUGGCACACGCAAGACCACUCCGGGCUUCCGUCUGGUGGAGAAGUACGCCAUGCUGGUUGGCGGUGUGUCCAUGCACAGACAGGACCUGAGUGGGAUGGUGAUGCUGAAGGACAAUCACGUGUGGGCUUCAGGGAGCAUCACACAGGCCGUGAAAGCUGCGCGGUCAGUGUGUGGCUUCAGCAGUAAGAUCGAGGUGGAGUGUCGCUCUGCAGAGGAGGGCAGAGAGGCAGCUGGAGCCGGAGCAGACAUCGUUAUGUUGGACAACUUCAAACCUCAGGAGCUUCAUGCUGCAGCUCGCUCUCUGAAGGAGGAGUUUCCUACUUUACUGAUAGAGGCCAGUGGAGGAGUGACCCCGGAUAACUUAGCUUCUUAUUUCUCCCCACAUGUAGAUAUCAUUUCCCUGGGCUGCAUUACUCAGGGAUGCCCAGUCGUGGACUUUUCUCUCAAAGUUAAACAUGCCUCCAGUGAUGAUGAGCACCACAGAUGUCAUGUUCAGACACAGUGAUAGAGUAAGAAAAUGUUUAAAUUAAAAGAGAAGACUUCUUCAGGGUUUGUUUUAUUUGAAAGAGCAACUGUGAUUACAGCACUAUAGCUGCAGCUAAAGAUUGAGAAAUAUUUCGUGUCCUGAUCACACCCUGUCACUGGUUGUUUGAUAAGGAUCAAAAGAGAAAGAAAACUAGACUGUACUUGUUUUUCUUCCAGCACCAAGCAGGCCAAAUGAGAGUCAGCUUUUUUUCUGAGAGAAAGUAGACAUAGGUAGUUUGAUCAAAACUUAGCACAGACAAAAAUGAGAAAAGGUGAUAAUAUACCAUCCACACAAAUAGGCCACUAUAUUAGGUACACCUAUAACAUCUCACUAAAAUCAAGACUGAAAUAGUUUGGGAUAUUUUCAGUAGUUUUUAUUUUGUUUUCCUGUUUUGUUGCUAAAUUAAAUUUCUUCGUUAUUGGUUUUUAGUACUGGUUUUAAGGUUAAGGUUAAUUUCUAUGUUUUAAAAAUGCUUCAUCUCAGUUUAGUUUUUAUUAGUUUUAGGCCUAUUUUUGUUUUUUUCAGUAAAAAGGGACACUUGUUAGGGAUGAGAACCUAAGUGACCAGAAAAAGUACAACCCCAGUUCUAAAAAAGUUGGGGCACUGUGUACAAUGUAAAUAAAAACAGAAUGCAAUGAUUUGCAAAUCUUAUAAACCAAUAUUUUGUUCACAAUAGAACAUAAACAACAUAUCAGAUCUUGAACCUCAGAUAUUUAACAGUUCGUGGAAAAUAUAGGCUCCUUUGGACUUUUGUAGCAGCAACACAUCUAAUAAAAAGUAGGGACAGGGCCAUUUCUACCAUUUUGAAGCAUCACCUCUUUAACAACAGUCUGUAAAAAUCUGGGUAGUUAGGAGGCCAGUUACUGGAGUUUUGGGAGAGGAAUGUUGUCCAAUUCUUGUCUAAUAUAUAAAACAGUUUUUUGUUUGUGUUUUAUUUCAGUAAAAUCUCAGUGUACAGUCAUAUAAAUUAUUAAUGAUUUCCUUUUUUGGGGGGUGGGGGUUGGUGGUGUUUAACUACAAUUCAUGAUUUUGGUUUGAGAAGAGAUCUUUAUUAUGACCCCAAAAGAGGGCAAAAAGCUGUUAACUAUUUUUUGUGCAUCUUUAUUUAUAAUUAACUUAAUUUAUUUUUCAAGCAAGGUUUAAACUCUAUCA